UAACAAAGAAUUAACAAAGUUGACGUAGAGCUAAAAUAAAACAGGUAAAGUGCAUCUCAUGCGUGCCGAGAACGCUGGCUGCUUAGUUAGCUCAUGAAAUUGUUGGCAACAGUUAGACCGGAAGAUCAAUGACCGUGCCAACAUUUUUGUUUUUUACUGUGACCAUUAUCCUUAAAGGGGGCAUCAUGGGAACACAUGACUAUAGUUAUAACAGAAACCAUUCUUCAAGGACCAAUAGUUUAACCGAUAGAAACGAAUUACAAUCCGAAAUAGUGCCUUUAGACAACAGAAUUAAUAGGAUAUUUAAUUUGAAUGAAAAAAGAGAAGGAGAUUUACGCAAGAGAGGGAAAAGGGAGUUGUUAGAAGACCGAUGUGCAUUGUUUAAUAGUCUGACACAUCCACAUCCGAAGAAUGAUUCCAAAUAUUAUAGAGAUAUUGAUUGUGUUACUGUUAUUAACGGCGCUGAAGGAACAAUAUUAGAACUGAAAUUUGUGGAUUUAUUUGAUAUUGAAUACCACCCACUUUGUGAGUACGAUUUCUUGGAAAUACGAGAUGGUACACGAGGCUACGGGACCCUUCUCGGGGGCAACAAGCUCUGUGGCCAGCAGUUCCCUGGGCCGAUCAACACGACCGGACCCCACGCUUGGCUGAAGUUCCAUUCCGAUGAGACCAUAGAAAACGAGGGAUUCAGGAUCAAAGUAACCGAGAUACAAUCAGCUAAGAGUUAUGUCGUACCAGAUAGUUGUCAUAUAAAGCGUAGUGGUGAUACUGGAGUACUCGAUAUAAAUUCCAUUAUCCAGAAGUGUAAGGAUGAUAGUGCUAACCAGGCGCUUGAAGUGCUAUGGACCAUAGAAGCAGCUGAAAAUCAUAUGAUUACCUUGAAUUUUACAAAAUUCGAAUUGACUACACCCAAUUCUUGCAAAGAUAAUGUCGUCCAAGUAUUCGGCUCGAUCUUAGAAUUUGAUUCCAAACUAGCUCACUUCUGUGGCUCCAUCGCCGAAUCUGUGACAACCAUAGUUGACAGUUCUAAAGGAGAGGAAGGCAAUGUCAUGAAUGUACGUUUCUAUACGUCCAAAGCUUCUAAAGAAUCACAGAAGUUUACAGCCCAAUACACUGUGUUUAGGAAGUUAGACACAUCAGAUAAAAGUGAUGCGUGUGUUAAAGGUGAAGAAUUCGAUUGCCAAGAUGGAACUUGUAUCUCCUUAAGCCUGAUUUGUGAUGAAUAUGCCAACUGCAAGAUGAAAGCUGAUGAAUCACCCGAACUUUGCAAAGGUGAAAUAGAUGUAUUCAAUCAGGACCUCCAAGUUAUCGUCAUCAUUCUCUCUCUGAUUGUAUCUAGUAUGACAAUCGUCUUCCUCUUCAAAUGUUUCAAAAAACUUUAUACAGAUCAAAAGAUUAUCAAAGAGAAUUUACAAAAAUCAAUGGAAAAUGGACUGGAUGCCCUGUCUGAAAUACGAUUGGCAUUAGAUGACAAGUCAGAAAGAGAUAGCCAUCAGGGAUUGUUUCUAGAAAAGGAGAGAGAAAACUUAAUUACACAGAAUAAACCAAAACAAAAGCAAAAUAGCAUGGAUUCCAUUUUUGAACCCGUGUCCCGUUUUGAUUCUAAAAUUGUGCUCUGGAGAAAAGAAGUAGAAAGUGCAGAAGUUGAGAGAAUAAAAAUUGAACUGAACGAAUCUAAUGGCAAAACUAAACGCAAAGACUUUAGUAAAAAGGAGGAGUCUUUACGGAUUAAGAGAGAUAGUAAAGAGAAAAAAGAAGAAGAGAGCAUUAGAGUAGAUCAAAAUAUCAGAAGCAGGCAGACUGAUAUCAUUAAGAAAGAUAAAUCAUUAGAUAGCACUUUAGAAAGUGAGGAAAUAGAUAAAAAUGAGAUGAAAGAUGUUUCAGUGGGUACAACUGACGUAAAAGAGUUUGGUUGUCAGACACGGGAUAGUCUGUUCCUGACUGAUGCUCCUCGUUAUUCUAAUGCCUCGAGGAGUAAAAGCCGGUCUCUCUCAAUCGCCGCCGGGAGUUCUGAAGACCUCUCCAGGCCUUCGCGCCCUUCGACAAAGACUUCAGAAUUUACCCUCGAAUUGUUCCAUCAAGUACCCCAUGACACAGCAAUAACGCAUAAUAAAACCCCCGACCGUCGUCCAUUGAGCGCUGAGACAACACGGUCAGCUCCUGACGUCAUUAUCGUCGCAAAACCAAUCGGAGACGAUCUUUAAGGAAAUAAAUGAUGAUUUAUCUUUACAGUUACAAUAGAAGCCACUUUGCAGACCAACCAAAAAGAAGCAAUCGCCGCAACCAGACCAACGUUGCGGCGAUUCUUAACAUGCUAGCUUAGACAAAUGCCGACGCGAAUGCGUGAACAUUGCGUAGUUAGUAUGGAUGCUAUUUCCCGCAAUGAAAAACCAGCAUUGUAUACCGAAUCAGCCACAGUUUGGCGAACUGUUAGACAGAGUGGAUUCGGCAUUAGGUGAGCCGCAAACCUGUUAACUGGAUGUAAAAAAGGAAUUUAUCUCUUUCUCUGGGACUUCUGAUUUUAAACCAUGAUUCUAUUAAAUACGUUUCCACAAUUACACAAUGUACAAAACUAAUUAAAUUAAUUAAAUGAAAAAUAGAUAAAACCAGUACGAAUUCAUGUAGGCAUUCUUAUCAAAACUUUAUUCUGUUUUACGCAAUUAAAUUGUAUUGUUUUAGUUGUUUUUCUUUUUUGAGUUAUAAGUAGGUAUUUAAGUGUAAAGUAUGUUCUCCAUUUGUGCUCAGAAAUAAAAAGUUAUGUACAAAA